UUGUCCGUUUUUAAAUUAAUUUGUCUCGACAGUUCACUUUUAUUAUGUUUCAAUUAUGUGUAUAGUCGGUUUAAUUGUGACAUGAUUUAGCUGAAAUUAAUGAUGAACAAUUUUUCGGUUUACUGUUGAUUUUCCAACGAUUUAAAUCUUCAAACUCUGUGCCAUUGUUUAUUCAUCGUUUUUUUUUGUGAUCGUCUUCAACAGUUGGGUGUUAAUUUAAUUUUUUGUCAGCGCUAUUAAAGUGUCAACAUUCAACAAUUAUGAUAUACAAUGUAAAUUGUCAACCUGGAAAUUAUUUUGUUAUUUUUAUCAUGUAAAUUUGAAGCUGAAUGUGAGUUAAAAGGACAAAAGGCUCAACUCAUGUCAAACUCUAUUAGCAGUUGAAUAAUUCAAAUUUGAAAAUUUGAAAUUCUAAUCAACCUUUGAUGGACAAUUGACUCGAUAUUUUAAAAUUACAUCUUUCAUACCUUAAAGUGAUAUAAUAAUGAAUAGAGAGUGAAUUAACGUUUCAAUCUACAAGUUUAUUGGAAAGUAACCGAAAAGCAAACCUAACCCGAUUUACCAGAAAAAACAACAAGCAAGGAAAAAGUAACAAACUAAUUGAAGGAAAAAAGACUUAUGGUCAUGGCAACAGGAAAUAUUAAACGUUAAGAUUUCUCAUAGGUUUUCAAGUGAUCUGUUUUGUACGGUUAAAGUUGACAAUUUUUGAAUCCAAGCAAGUUGACAGUUUAAUCUGUUUACCGGAUUUAAUCAUGUCGAUGGCAAUCAAAUCAACGGUAAAUUCAACUUAUUGAACACAUCUACAACUUUACAAUUUAGUUAAUUAGUGAAAUCAACGGAAAACAAUUUACUUUCAAUGAACUAGUUGAAUUAAAUGUCAAUAUUCCAUUAUGGAUUACAAUUGAAUCCAUUGCUGGUGAAACUGAAACUUCUAGUCAAAACUUUUCAAAGGAAAGGAUAAAGAGAAAACAUUAUCAGGAUUAACCAAAGUGGAAAAACAAAAGUCUUUUCUAGUCAACAACUCUUGGUGCUUUUUUAUGUCUUAAUUUUCUGUCUACAAAAGUGAUUACCUGCGUUUUUUGUUGGUGUUUCAGCGUACAUUCCAUCUCUCGUGUUGUCAUUCUUCUUGUACCAAAAGUCAUCUAAUCCGUCAACAAUGGUCAUGUUAACUGAUGAAGCUUUGGCCGAGUUGGCUAAAAUUGAAAAUAUAAUUGGUGAUUACAUUUGUCGCUUGUGCUGUCAAAAGUUUGAAAAUGCUUUUAGCUUGGCUCUGCACCGUUGCAGUAAAAUAGUCCAUGUUGUUCAUCGUUGUCCUGAAUGUGCCAAGGUAUUCAAUUGUCCAGCUAAUUUAGCAUCACACCGUCGCUGGCAUAAACCUCGUUCAUCGUUAGGAUUAAAGGAUGGUAAGGAUGGUGAAGACUUUGACGAAGAAGAAGGAGAAAUAAGAAAAAGUAUCGCCUCUCCAAUGUCUUCAAAUGGAAGUGAAUCGCCAACACCUCCACCUCUACCGCCUCCACCGCCACCGCCACAGCUACAGUCACAAUCUACGUUACCUCCACCACCCAAGAAAACUAAAACUGUUUGUGUCACUGGAACAGUUAAAAUUGAUCAAGAACAGCGACCACCUCUAGUCAUUACACCAUCAAUCAAUGCAAACACAAUUUUAUCCUCUCCGAUUCCGUUGGUUAAAAAAUCUCCUAUUAAAAUGCCAAUUAAAUCUUCAAUUAGAUCACCAGCCUCAUCACCACCUCCGCCUAAAAUGUCUCGACCAUCAACUGAAGUUGAAAAGUAUACAAUUUUAUCAAAAUGUUCAAAAUUAAUGUUCACCAAAACAAUUAAGGCAGCUAAUCCAAUUGAUUCUGACCUACCUUUAGCAUUAACAUUACCAACAACUCCAGCUUCACCAACAUCGCCAAAAUCACCUCCAACUCCACCAAGGCCAAUAUCAUCGUCAUCUUCUUCCUCUCCGGGACCAAAAUCAACAACUUCAAUGUCCGAAUCUGGACCUUUUAUGGUAAACAUUGGUUCAUCUUCAUCAAGUCCAUCUAGUCCCUCAAGUUUAUCAUCAACAACAACACAGUCUAUUGAAACGCCAACAACACCACCACCCACUCCACCUCUACAAAAUUUACAACAACAACAACUGCGACAAUCAACAUCAGCCGCCACAAUUAUUGGCGAAAUGACAACGAUGACCAAAGAACCAUUAUUUGGUUGGACUUAUUAUCCAAAAAAGUUUCGUCGACAAGCAUAUAUGAGGAUUAAACAUUGUUGUCCGUAAAUUUGAUCAACUUUAACCCAAAUAAUCAGCAAAAGCAAUCGAAACAAUCAAGUAAUUCGCUCAUUCUAGUCCAAAUGAUCCUAGUCCACUUUGAAUAAAAGUAAAAAAAACAAGGAAAACAAGAAAGAAACAAGUUGAAUUAAAUCAAUUUAAUUGCCAAUAAGUCAAAAUUAAACUUUUCCAUCCAAAUCAACAAAGUCAAAUUUAAUCCCUCCCAAAUUAUUACUAAUGACAAUUAAUAACAUUAAUAAUCCCACAGACAAAGUUUUUAAAUUGUGAUUGACUAAACUAACUUUGUCCCAAUGUCUUUUAAUUGACAAUUUUCAAUGUAUAACAAAGUAUUAAAGCUUGAUUAUACAAUUCCAUAAAAACAUAAA